CCGCCGCCGCGCUACCUGGCGGGCUUUCCUCUCGGCAGUGCUCAGUGUCCAGUUAUUACUAAUAAAAGCAAGCGGUAAGCGAGAAUGGCGAGAGCAGGCCGGCUGCGUGAGUUGCCGCCGGACGGGCACUCCCCCACGGACAGCCGGACACACGCAGCGGCGGCACGGCUGCCGGUGCGACUGGCUCCCGGGUAAAUGUAGCAUUUUCGCGUUGCAACAAUGUGAAGGAGCGCGGUGCCUAGUAACGACUGGCCGUUACCCUGACUACCCCUCGCAACCGAUGCUUGUUGGUGCUCGCCUGUACUCCGUCCGAAAACCAGAGCAGAGUUUAGACCGAAGAGCAUUGGUUCAAAAUGAGUGAACUAAAAGAUUGCCCGCUGCAGUUCCAUGACUUCAAGCCAGUAGACCACGCGAAGAUGUGUCCUCGGUAUGCUGCUGUGUUAUCACGCUCGGAAGACGACGGGAUUGGAAUUGAGGAACUGGACACGUUGCAGUUGGAGCUGGAGACGUUGCUGUCCUCGGCAAGUCGGCGACUACGCAUCUUAGAGGCAGAGACGCAGAUCCUCACAGACUGGCAGGAUAAAAAAGGAGAUAAGAGGCUGUUAAAGUUUGGGAAAGAACAUGAGCAUGGAACACCACAGAAACAUGGAAAGCCAAAGAAGCAGAAACUCGACGGGAAGGGCAGUCAUGGAACUGGGCCUGGGCCUGGACGUCCUAAAUCGAAAAAUGUACAGCCUAAGAUACAGGAGUACGAGUUUACAGAUGACCCCUUGGAUGUUCCCAGGAUUCCAAAGAAUGAUGCCCCAAAUAGAUUCUGGGCAUCAGUGGAACCAUACUGUGCUGAUAUAACCAACGAAGAGAUCCGUAUCCUCGAGGAUCUUCUGAAACCGCCUGAAGAUGAAGCAGAGUAUUACAAGAUCCCUCCUUUGGGAAAACAUUACUCUCAGCGUUGGGCGCAAGAGGACCUCCUGGAGGAGCAGAAGGAAGGUGCUCGUGCUGCGGCUGCAGCAGAGAAGAAGAAAGGCAUGCUUGGAACUUUAACCGAGCUUGACUCGAAAGAUGUGGAUGCAUUGCUGAAGAAGGAGCAACACGAUCAGCCUGAAGAUGUUUCUCCCUUUGGGCCCCUUACACAACGAUUGCUCCAAGCUUUGGUGGAGGAGAACAUUAUUUCACCAAUGGAAGAUUCUCCUAUGCCGGAGAUGACGGGGAAAGAAGCAGGGACUGAUGGAGCGAGCACGUCCCCUCGAAGUCAGAAUAAGUCAUUUAGUGUUCCUCAUACAAAAUCUCUGGAAGCUCGAAUUAAAGAAGAACUAAUUGCACAGGGUCUGUUGGAUUCUGAGGAUCGUCCUACUGAAGACUCUGAGGAUGAAGUUCUAGCGGAACUGCGUAAACGUCAGGCAGAACUGAAAGCCCUCAGUAGCCAUAAUCGAGCAAAGAAACAGGAACUUCUCAGACUAGCCAAAGAGGAGUUAAAAAAACAGGAGUUACGACAACGAGUGAGGAUAGCAGACAACGAAGUCAUGGAUGCCUUCCGGAAGAUCAUGGCAGCACGCCAAAAGAAACGAACGCCAACAAAAAAAGAGAAAGAUCAGGCAUGGAAAGCACUGAAGGAAAGAGAGAGCAUCUUAAAACUGUUGGACAGUUAAAGGCAACUUUGCCAACACACUGUUAAUACAAAAUAUUUGGGGAAGCUUUUGUCGUUUCUGAGUUGUCUGGACUUGAACUGACAAAAAAGAUGAUUUAGAUUUCCCUGUUCUGAACUGGUAACAUUCCAUUGCAGCAGGCUGUCUCUGUUGCAGCUUGCUUGUCUUGUAUGUCGAAGGUGGAUAUCUAUUAUAUAGAAAUCUGAAUGUUGUGCUUUGCUAGUUUGAAUCUGUACUGUAUGUAAGAGUAAAGUUUCUGCUGCGUGUUCUGAUAAGAGUGUAGUAUUUAUAGGUGAUUGUACUAUUGAUAGUCCAAAUGUGAUGUUAACAACUGACACUUUAUAACUUUUGAGAAAGAUUGUCUUCACUCACCCCUGCUCCAAUAAAAUUUUAUGGAAAUAAUAUAUGGAGGUGAUCUCUAUGACACAAAAUAUAUUAAUUAUUCUUUAAACCAUGUUUAUUCUAUUUCCACGCCCUCCCCAUGAGUUAAUGUACUGUGGUCCCUUGUAUUAAUUUCAAAUCUUCCUGCAUUUCCUCUCAACCAUUUAGAAAUAUAGAACAUAGAAAACCUACAGCACAAUACAGGCCCUUCGGCCCACAAUGCUGUGCUGAACAUGUACUUACUUUAGAAAUUAUCUUGGGUUACCCAUAGCCCUCCAUUUUUCUAAGCUCCAUGUACCUGUCCAGGAGUCUCUUAAAAGACCCUAUUGUAUCUGCCUCCACCACCGUCACUGGCAGCCUAUUCCACGCACUCACCACUAUCUGAGUAAAAAACUGACCCCUGACAUCUCCUUUGCACCUACUUCCAAGCACCUUAAAACUGUGCCCUCUUGUAUUAGCCAUUUCAGCCCUGGGAAAAAGCCUCUGACUAUCCACACGAUCAAUGCCUCUCAUCAUCUUAUACGCCUCUAUCAGAUCACCUCUCAUCCUCUGCCUCUCCAUUUAUUGCUUGAGAUUUAUUCAUCCAUUUAUUAUCAAGAUACUAUAAAUUUCUAAUAUCAAACCAUGGGGUGGGGGCGCAUAAGGCAGAUGGUGGUAGAAAAAGUACAUUUCACAGAAAGGGAGUCGCAUAAGGUUUAAGAAACAGUAGGUACUGUUCCUUUGACCCAUUCCAGGGUAGCGCUGUCACUGAAGCUCUUGGUAUUCGGGUUUUUGGGCCUUUAGCUGCAUGUGGUCUCAAUGAUCCUUGAUUCUCGUGUUGGCUGUUAGCAGCGAGAAGAGAAAUUACUCAAGAAGUUGGUUCCAUCUUUGGCUGGUGGUAAAGCAAACUGUUCCUACAUCUCUUCUGUGGGUUUCACCUGCCUUCCUGAAUUAUCUUCUGAGACAGUUGCUAUUGUUCUUACAUUUUCUUUCUGCAUCUGAUUGAAUGGGCUGACCAACUUUGCACUGGAGGAAUCUGAUCCUUUCAUAGUUGAUCUUAACCAGCUCAGUUUAUAGCUGAGAAAUAGAUCGUUUGUGAACAGGUAGGUUUAGCCGAGUUGGCCCUUUCUCCACCUUCCUCAGGGUUAACCUGAAACCUUGAUGUAUUGUAGAGGUGCUGCUGAUAUUUGAAUCCAUAUCGAGGAAGAACAAGUGUGGCAGAAUUGUGGGUGUGUGCUGUGGAAACCAGUUUUGCGAAGUACUAUAGUAUGUUACCAUUGUAUAAAAUGAACUGAAGAAUCAUACUGCCAAGCUUGCUAUUUUUUUUUAAGCAGGAGCUUCGCUGUAAUCGGUAAUCUAAGUUCUGUUCUGCAACACAAACACUCUGAUCACCUGUCUGUCAGACUUGUACUCUUGCAAUGGCUAUACUGUACUACUUCACUGAUCUGAAUUCUGAAAGCAACCAGCAGUCAUUAAAAUCCCAACACGGAUGUCUUCUUACUAAGUUAUUGGAUCAUAUUUGAAGCAACAACAGUUAUUAUCAUUGGUAAUGUCAAAUACUCAGUAGUGUACUUGCCAUUAGCAAACUGUAAUGAAC